GUUCUUUGAUUAAAAUCACGGUGACAUCGAAGCCAUGUGGCCAUGCGCGCAGAUGGGCGGGAUAAGCUAUUAUGUAUAAGCGCGUGUGCGGCGCUGUUAUUCAGGUGUGCUAAUACACGGCUCAAGAUGCUCCAAAUUGCCUCUUAAUUUUUCGUUUUCUUCUUGUUAUGUUCCUUGUCUUUUUCUUACUCCUCAUCGCGAAGAUCGCCUUCAUUCUUUCGGUGAUCGAUUUGUGGUUGGCAAGAAGGAAACUGUUUAUUUUCUUGUGGUACUCAAUAUGAAGGUCCAUUCAUUGCUUCUCGUCGCAGCGGCAACAGGCUCAUCUGGUGCUGCUAUAAAGGCCCGGAAGGAAUCAUUCUCUGAGCAGUUAUUGGAUACCCUUGGAUCAUUCUCUUUGUCGGACCCCAUCGUUUCAGAGUUGACUGCAGCGAUUCGAGAUUCAAGCGUGCUAUUAGAUCAAGCUUCCAGUCAAAGUAAUGCCAUUAGCGUUCGAACGUCCCCUUUCCAGGCGCAAACCGCAUGCCAAUUGCUUCGCUAUAUCCUACCGGAUUCCUAUACCGAUACUAGGACGAACCAAACUGCCUACGUCACCUUACAAGAAAAAAAUUGGUCGAGCAAUUGUGACCUCCCCGCGGCUUGUUUCAUAACCCCGGAACAUCCCGUCCAGGUAGCUAUCGCAUUGCAAGUGAUCAGUAGGGUCCAGUCCAAAUUCGUCGUUAGGUCUGGUGGUCACAACCCUAACCCAGGCUUUGCGAGUAUUGGUCAGGAGGGUGUCACGAUCGACACACAACGUUUCUCAAACUUGAGCUUGAGUGCGGAUAAGUCGUAUGCGACUGUAGGUGCUGGUCUUCGCUUCGGGCCAGUUCAGGAAUAUCUCGACUCGAAGAGCGUUGCGGUAGUCUCUGGCCGUAACAAGUAUGUGGGCGUAUCCGGGCUCCUCCUCGGUGGUGGUCACCCCAUCAUCAACUCUCUUACGGGGCUUGCAGCGGACAACAUCAAGAGCAUGGAAGUCGUACUUUCAGAUUUCAGAGUUGUUACCGCAAGCAGAACCGAGAACUCGGAUUUAUUCCGUGCCUUAAAAGGGGGUGGGAACAACUUCGGCAUCGUCACAAAAUUUGAGUUGUAUACUAAGAUGCCGCGGAACCUCUGGUAUCGCAAUGCAGUCUACGCCGCUUCUGAUGCGCCAGCAGCUUUUAAGGCACUGGCAGAGGUGCAGAAGAAUAUGGAAGGGGACUCUAAAGCUGGUAUCCAGAUGACGUGCUCACCUGCCGGCUUCACUGUCGCAUUCGUCUACGGCGAGCCUACCAACGACCCUGCUGUAUUCGCGCCGUUUAGCAAAUUAGUACCUACGUCUGAGAGGACUCCUCCCACGAACGGUACAACCUUGGAAUUCAUCGAGCUCCAAAGUCUGCCGCAGCCCGAUGCCAAUCACGACACUGUCGGUGUUACUACGACUCUAGAUGCUGACAUGUACCUCGAUUUCUACAACCAAUAUCUCUCCAUAAAUGCGGCCAAUAACGGCACUUCCGCCACGUACCUCCUUGCUAUCCAGACCUUGGGUGCGGCCGCUGCUCGGGUUGCCGACUUCAACGGCGGAAACGUUCUGGGUUCAUCCAAGAGGGCUCUAACCCUUUGGAACCCCAUUUCGACAUGGACGAACCCGGCAGAAGACAAGCAAGUUCACAGCGUUGUAACACAAAUAGGGAACUACAUCGAGAGCCGGUCGCAAGCCAAGAACCUAUACGACCCGCUGAUCUUCGCCAACAUCGCGGCGCACGACCAAAACGUGCUCGCGAGCUACGGUUCGCAGAACCUAAACUUCCUGCGAGGCGUGAGCCAGAAGUACGACCGCUGCGGCACGUUUCAAAGACUACAAAAUGGCGGAUUCCUGGUUUCUAGAGCAUAGAGAAAAUGGCUGGCAAUAAUGUGUACAUAUUAAUUUUGCAUGUAUAUUAAUUUUAAUCGCCAGGGGGUACCGAGCUCCUGGAACUUACUUGUCUCGGCGGUACGAACUGUUGGUGGUAUGGUCUUUCUUGGCAAUGCUCAACCUCGCCGAACCUCACCGAUGUAGCCGAUUAACUAACCUCGCCGACCUCGCCGAAGCCGACGGUAUGAUAGACCUUGCCGAGUAACAAGUUCUUACCGAGAAAAGAAAAAGAAGAAAAAGGUAGAGCAUACUUAAAGUGGUAGCUAGACAAGCCUCGGUACCUUACAGCUUCCUGUGCCGCCUCUAGUCUAGGAACACUCUUGAAUUCCGCCGCUUAUUCCA